UCUGUCUCAAUUUCAUUUAUUGCACUGAAUUUGUCCUUGGCAUUAAGAUGAACUACGACAAAGACAAGGAAAUUAACGAAUAUCAAAAUCUGAUGGAAAGAGGUAUAUUUCUAUUUUCUGGGCUCUUUUGAAAUUUUUUUGAUUUAUUUACGUUUUUGCUUUAUCACAAGUAAAAUUUCAUUUUAUUUCAGCUCGAGCUUUGCCGGAAAAAAGCGAAGGGUCCAAAGAAUUUUUGCGUAAAUGUCAACGGGAAGUCGAUGCAUUUUAUUUACUCGAUCCCAAAUCUGGACAAAAUCUGGACGAAAAGCAUUGGCCAUGCCAAAUGUCCGAAAAGAAAAGGCAACGACAAUGAAAAGGAAAUUAACGAAUUUCGAAAACUGAUACAAAGAGUUCAAGUUAUGCCAGAAACAAAGGAAAGAACCAAACAAUUUACAAUGAAAUGGCAACGGGAACUGGAAUCAUGCUAUUCAAUCGAUCGUGACUCUUUGGAAAAAUCACUACGGAUGCCAAAGCUGCAAAAACGAAAAGAAUUUCUCGAUCAAACACUGACUUAUUUGGAAGAAAGAAGUAAAAAGUGACUAAAUCAAACCAACGGAUAACUUGAUGAAUC